UAACCUAUCUCUUUAACAAAACAGUAGCCAAUUUUAACUGUGUUUCCCCCCUUUAUGAAGAUCUGUUCGUGUUUCGGAGUCGCUCAACUUAAGUUAAACCCCGUCUUGUACAAACCAAACCGGAGGCCAUGGCAAGGGCUUGGCCUGGUGCUCCACUUGGCUGCGGAGUUGAAACAACAUGGAAACGUUUGGUAGAAGGCAAGUGUCGGAUAAGGGCAUUAAAUCCAGAAGAUUUAAAGAUGAAUGCUUUUGAUAGAGAAACUCAGAUGCUUACCAUCGAUCAGUUAACUUCCAAGGAUGCUGCAAUUAUGCCGUGUGGGACUAACCCUGUUGCAAGAUUCAUAAGCUAUGCAAUUUGUGCUGCUGGUGAAGUUUUAAAAGAUGCAAAAUGGGUGCCUGCUGAGCUGGAACAGAAGGAAAGAACGGGAGUCUCUAUAGGUGGUGAGAUUGGAAGUAUCAGUGAUAUAUUAGAUGCAAGCACAAAUGAUUUGUGAGAAGGUUGGUUUCCUGCUACCAUUUAUUUUGUCAUCAUGAUUGUCAGUAUUUAUAUUGUCAUCACUAGCUCAUAGGGUCAUCAUCGUUACUUUCCUCAUGUCAGCUAUGGGCUGGAAAAUGAACUACUUGGCUAUGGAAACAGCUAAUAUGACAAGUUAAAUCUCAUCUCUUUUAAUAAAGCAUCUUCAUCAACUAAGUCCAUUUUCAUUCCAAGGAUACUAACAUGGCAUCUGGUAAUGUUAGCAUGAAAUAUGGAUUCCUGGUGUGUGCAUAUAUAUAGUUAUGUUUAUAUUUAUGACAAGCUACAAUGGUUCUAGUUCAUCUGUUAGGUCAUUCCUGGGAAACAAAAUGCUUGAGCUUGAAUAAAAUUUUAGUAGUUCUCAAAUUAAAAAUUAAUACUGCAUAUUAGAAAUUACACCAAGUUGCUAUAGCAUUUGGCUUUGGGUACACAAAAAUUGAUUGAUUUAGUUGACAAUGAGCAUGAUUAAUCUAUCAGUGUCACACACUGUGAUUGUGUAGGGGUCGUUGUCCUUAAUAAGCAGUUGACUGCUGACUCAAACUUCUGUUACAGUUUUGUCACAAAAAAUUUUAAAAGAAAAUUCUUAAAGUAAAAGUUAUUGUUCCAUAGUCUAGUCACCUUUUGAAUAUAGGGACCAAACCAUGCAGCAGUCAGCAGUGACUGCUUGUGCAACUGGGGCUCAUUCUAUUGGUGAUGCUAUGAGGAUGGUUCAAUUUGGAGAUGCUGAUGUUAUGGCUGCUGGGGGCUCAGAGUCUAAUUAUUGAUGCUUUAUCAAUAGCUGGAUUUUGCAGGUAAUGGUCAGUUUUUCAUCCUGCUGCAAUAUCCUUUUUGGCUGGUGAAAAAUAUAUACUUGGCACAUCUUCUGUCCCAUAAAUCUAGCAUGAUUAAACAUUCUAGGUAAAAUGACACUUGAUUAUUUAUGCAUUAAUAUUCAGAACUGACUAGAUAAUUGGAAAUUGGGCUGGUUGGAAUUUGAUAUCUUUUUUACUUCUUCCACCAAUGUCCACAACUUAGAAAGGAAUAAAGUACCACAGAGAUGAUAAUAAAAGUUUAAAAGGGACAAAACUCUGUCCAAGAUAUAGUAUCUUAGGUGAUACUACUAGAUGCAACUUACAU